AUGCCAUUCCACUCUGUGACGGCAGGGCUGCUCUACAAGGGGAACUACCUGAGCCAGUCGCUGUCGGACACCGACAGUGACGUGUUGGCCAGCAUCUCUGUGGAGGAGCUGGGUGAGAUCCGCGAGGCGUUCCGGGUCUUGGACCGGGACGGGAACGGCUUCAUCUCCAAGCAGGAGCUGGGCAUGGCCAUGCGCUCCCUGGGGUACAUGCCCAGUGAGGUGGAGCUGGCCAUCAUCAUGCAGAGACUAGAUAUGGACGGCGACGGCCAGGUGGACUUUGAGGAGUUCAUGACCAUCCUGGGACCCAAGCUGCUGUCGUCCGAGACCAGAGAGGGAUUCCUGGGCAGCACCAUAGACACCAUCUUCUGGCAGUUUGACAUGCAGAGGAUCACGCUGGAGGAGCUCAAGCACAUCCUCUUCCACGCCUUCCGGGACCACCUGACCAUGAAGGACAUCGAGAACAUCAUUAUCAACGAGGAGGAGAGCCUCAAGGAAAACGGCGGCAACUGCGUGGAGUUCGAGGGAGUGCACCCCGCCAAGAAGAACCGGCAGACGUGCGUGAGGAAGAGCCUCAUCUGCGCCUUCGCCAUGGCCUUCAUCAUCAGCGUCAUGCUCAUCGCGGCCAAUCAGAUGCUGAGGAACGGCAUGGAGUAG